UGUGCUGCUCUUCCAGUUGGUGCACUACGUGUGGAGUUUUCCCAGCCUGUGAACCUGGAAGAAGUGGCGAGAAUCAACCCAGAGGUCAAAGCAGGAGGUCGUUUUGCUCCAAAGGACUGCAUAGCACUUCAGAAAGUAGCAAUAAUCAUACCAUUCAGGAACAGAGAGGAGCAUCUGAAGUACUGGCUCUAUUACCUGCACCCAAUUCUCCAAAGGCAGCAACUAGAUUAUGGUGUAUAUGUUAUCAACCAGGAUGGAGAAGAAGAAUUUAACCGUGCUAAACUGCUGAAUAUCGGAUUCACAGAGGCCUUGAAAGAGUAUGACUAUGAUUGCUUUGUGUUUAGUGACGUAGACCUCAUCCCAAUGGAUGACAGGAACAUCUACAAAUGUUACAGCCAGCCACGCCACCUCUCUGUAUCCAUGGAUAAAUUUGGAUUUCGGUUGCCUUACAAUCAGUAUUUUGGAGGUGUGUCUGCCUUGAGCAAAGAGCAGUUCACAAAGAUCAACGGGUUCCCAAACAAUUACUGGGGUUGGGGUGGCGAAGAUGAUGACAUUUAUAACAGGCUGGUGUUUAAAGGCAUGGGGAUAUCACGUCCGGAUGCUGUCAUUGGCAAGUGCAGAAUGAUUCGGCAUUCCCGGGACCGGAAGAACGAACCCAACCCCGAGAGGUUUGACCGAAUUGCUCACACACGGGAGACAAUGAGCUCUGACGGCUUAAAUACACUAUCCUACAAGGUGUUAAGAACUGACAAGUACCCUCUGUAUACAAAGAUCACAGUGGACAUUGGCUCACCAAAUAGCUAACAUCACAGACACAAGAGAGACCUUGCCUGUGUUGCCCAGGACAUCUGGCCUCAUUGAUGCUUUCUGUCUGCUGGUUUCAUAACAUUUGCAAUGAGGAGAAAAAAAAAAAAAAAGGCCUCUUUUGGUAUGCCAAAGCGUCUCCAAAUUGGUUGGGCAAGUGCUUUUUUUCUUUUUUAAAUUCCAGACUUGACUUUACACAACUUUCUAGCUCUCCAUUGUUUUGUAAGUCCAGAAGCUGUACAUAAGAGUUGUAAAUAUUUACUUUGCCAGAAAAUGUUGAAUCUGAUCUAUUUGCUGCAUUGCUCUCCACGUUGAGUUGAUUGCUAGACCCAAAUUUUACUGAUUACAACUGUGAUGCAUCAGCAAUUACUGCCCAUUAUACUUGGUGGUAUUUUAAAUGAGGUGGAUGAAAACAUUCCUCUUAAUUAAUUCCUAGUUUUACUUUAUGAAGGACUGUAAAAUGCUGCUAAAAUUGUACAAGUUUAUGCUUUGGAUGUGAUUUUUUUUUUAAUGGAGACAAUAUCAUAUAUUUUUUUUCUCAUAGUGACCAAAACAAACAUCUUCUCUGUGUGCAGAGCAUAUGCUGAACAUCCCAAGUCUGGAUUCAAUGAAUGUAAUUAUUUCUUUUAGUCUCAAAGGAGACUUUGAGUGAGUUGAGCCAGAGCUUGCCAGAACUUUCCAGUGAGCUCUCUGCAUAGGGUGGGAGAUACAUAGAUGGCAUCUGCAGAAACCGCUGGCUUCAGAUAACCUUAUUUCUGGAUGUGAUAGUGACUUUUUGCCUCAGCACAACAAUACCUGGGUUUUGGGGGGGGUAUGGGUUUUUCCCUGAAAUAAAGAUGAAUUAAUUUAAUUGUGUGAUGAAAUUAUGGCCGUAAAAUUUGCUGACACUUGUUAACAGUGGUUGAAAGUUACCACACUAUUUAAACACUGUCUGAAGCUUCCUAAACCCAAAAUUUUUAUUGUAAGGUCAUGCAUAAAACUUGAAUUCACUUAUUACUUUUGUUAUUGUUGUAACAUUUUAAUAACUUUUAAAAGUAAUUUUUAUAUUAUAAGCAGUAUAUUUAAUACUAGAUUAAACUAGGGUGCAGCAUAAUAGGAAAUGAUUCAAGGCCUCUUUUAUCUUAAGACUAGUAGGCUUUUUAUGUGCGUCAUUAUAUAGAAGCCAUGUAUUAUAUUUGCUCUGCUAUUUGUCCAUGAAAUCUCCUGCGGUGCUGAGACACUCACAGCAGGGCUGACAUCCAACCGAUUUUUCUUUGCCUAAAGCCUGUUGCAAUGUGUGUCCUCUAUUGGGAAAUUCCCUUCUGAUUUUUUCAGGCUUUGAGGAACAUGCGUGUUUUGGAGUACUACUUUUUGUCAGUACAUCAGGGCACCACCUGUACAGACACCCUGCUUUUCCUUCCCGUGACCGUAUGAAAGCCUCAGGCACUGCCACCCUUGGAGUUGGUUUAAGUGAUUUAAAGCUCUCAGCCAGAACUGAGAACUGACUUCCUUCUGGUGAGUACUUUCCCACCAGCUCUGACCACAGAAAUUUGCACUUCCUUGGCCUGUGCUGAAGGCUGUUAAAAUCAGGGACGCUUGUUGUAUUGGGGAUCAUCUUCAGCACUGCCUCUUUUUUUUCUUUUCUUUUUUCUUCCUUUUUUUGUUGUUUGUUGUUGUUGUUGAGACCUGAAGGUUUUGCUGAACCCUUGCACUGCAGGGGUGGGAUCCUGCAGGGGCUAGGGGACAGUGUGUUUCCUCUUAGGCCAGAGGUGGCUCAAAGUAUGCACAGAGACUUUAAUUACUGGGGAGACAAAUAGCUGCCUUUUCAGUCUCACUUUGAAAAGGUGUUCACACUCUUAGCUUAAAAGCUGUUCCUGGCCACAUUUGCUGCAUCAUGCUGGGAGCUGAGCAAAGGUGGGCUUUCGUGGAGCAGGAGCAAAGCACAAGGAAGUAGUCGUGUUUAAGAGCUGGUCUCUUGUGCUUAUCAUUGCAUUUAA